GACUCACUGUUCUCUCGAGGAAAACAAACACGCUCGCACACACGUACACACAGAGUAGUCCAGCCAGAUGAACCCCGUUAGUCGUUGUUAUCUCAGUGGGGGCUGAGUUAAACUAUCACUACCUGUAUGCUGUGAGGGUGUAUGACAUAAGUAUUAAACCAGAGGGGUAUAUACAGGACAGGGUCUGGGGCUGCACUUUAGAGGAGCUAGCAGACCCAUACUUACUCAUACCCGGACGGACUGACGGACUGACCUCACCAUGAGGGUCGUCAAUAUUGGUCCAGACCCAUCUCUGGCAUACCGUCCCAUCUUAGACCUGGAGCAGAAAGACAAGGACAAGACAGAAUACAGGAAUUUUGAGAGCGGGAGUCUGAUUGAUCGUGUGUAUAACACAUACAAGCUGAUGCACACCAACCAGACCCUGGACUUUGUAAAGCAGAAGCACUCUGAGUGGUCAGGUUGUGGGCAUGCCCAGAUGGAGGUGAUGGAAGCCGUCAUAUCUCUGGACCAGCUGGUUGAUGAGUCCGACCCUGACGUCGACUUCCCCAACUCAUACCACGCCUUCCAGACCGCUGAGGGCAUCCGCAGGGAACACCCCCACAAAGACUGGUUCCAGUUGGUGGGGCUGAUCCAUGACAUUGGGAAGAUCAUGGCUCUGUCAGGGGAACCCCAGUGGGCUGUAGUGGGGGACACAUUCCCAGUGGGGUGCAGGUUCCAGAAUGGCAUUGUGUUUCGAGGCAGUACCUUCGUGGACAACCCCGAUGACAAAAACCCUGCUUACAAUUCUGAGUGUGGGAUCUAUAAGCCAAACUGUGGGCUGGACAAUGUGCUCAUGUCCUGGGGCCAUGAUGAGUAUCUCUACAGGGUCAUGAAGUUCAACAAGUGCACCAUCCCAGAAGAGGUGAGAAUGGGGGUCUAUGGUUCUACAUUAGCAAAGAGAAUACAGGUUUACAAAAACCCUGCUGCUCAGAGUGUUAACUCCUCUGCUGUCCCGCGCCAGGGUCUGUAUAUGAUCCGGUUCCAUUCCUUCUACCCCUGGCACUCCCAUGGAGACUACAUGCACCUCUGUGAUGACAAGGACAUGAGCAUGAUUCCCUGGGUUCGCGAGUUCAAUAAGUUUGAUCUCUACACCAAGACCACUGAGCUGCCUGACAUAAAGAAGUUGAAGCCAUACUACCAGUCUCUCAUCGACAAGUACUGUCCUGGGGUACUGAAGUGGUGACACACAGACAGAUGGGGCAGCCACACACACCUACUCCCACCUCAAAUGUUUCAUAAACCAAUUAAGUAUCACAAUCCAUUUCUUUCCCGCCCUCUCUCACACCUUCAUAGAGAUCAUAUCCAGCAGCAACACCAGCCCAUCUCCUCAGAUAUGGGGAACACUAUUAGCUUUAUCUUCAACAGACCUGGAUAGCCUUUACCAUGUUGUUGUCAUCUGUAAGUCAACUACAUUAUAUUCUAAUGACAGAACAUUCUAAAAGUGUUUGUUGCUUAGAAUGCUGAUUACAAUUCAUAUGGUUUACAAUUGUCAGAUCACUUUGAAUUUGUCUAAUAAUGAAGAACCAAAUGGAUACAUUUCCUAUCUUUAUUAUAAAUGAUACAAAAACAUGAACAUUUUCCAUUCAUGGAUGUGAUGUUUUUUUCAAAUGUGGAAAGACACUUGGCGGGAAAGUGCAGCAUUGGUGAUUCAGUACAUUAUAUCUGGCAGCAAAGCAAAGGACCACAGUGGCAAACCAAACACCCUUUAACACACACACACACACACACACACACACACACACACACACACACACACACACACACACACA